AUGGCGCAGGCAAUUUUUGAGGUGCUUGAAGGCAUGGACAACCAGACGGUGUUGGCGGUCCAGUCCCUGCUGGAUGGCCAGGGGGGAGUUCCUGACCCAAACAACCAAAACGUGUCUGCAACGCCUGCUAUCCAGUCAAUGGACGACGAAGACGUUUUCCUGUGUGGGAAGUGUAAGAAACAGUUCAACUCUCUGCCGGCCUUUAUGACCCAUAAGAGAGAGCAGUGUCAGUCCGGGGCCCCCUCCCUGUCCACGGUGUCCCUGGCCUCCACCCACACGUACGCACCGGUCCCACCCAUCAGCUCUGUGCCACAAACGCCGCCAAACAGACACGUAUCCACCUACAUCACAGUCCCUCCCUCUCCGCUGACUCACACCCUGGUGCAAGGCAACGUGCUGGUCAGCGAUGACGUUCUCAUGUCGGCCAUCUCAGCGUUCACCUCCAUCGACCAGCCAAUGGCCGCCAUGCAGACGCCUGUACAGAGUAACCUGAGCAUGCACACGGCGGGAGUUUCAUACCUGCAGCACCACCCGCACCACCACCACCACCACCACCACCAGCAGCAGCAGCAGUCCCCCCACCCGCUGCCCCCCGCCCCCAACCCCCCCCACCCGCUGCCGGCGGGGCAGCCCGCCCAGCAGCCGCUCGCCUCUCAGGUCCCGGCCAGCCACAGCAACUCGGUGGUGCAGGUCUACAGCACCAUGCCUCAUAUGGUGGGCGGCGGCGGCGGGGGCGGGGGGGGUGGCGGCCCGGAGAUCCACGCUUUAGGUCUGCAGGCUUUCCAUCCUGUUCAAGUGCCCAGUCAGUGUGUGGAGAGCCAGCCCUACACCAGCCCCCCCGUCUACAGUCCCGGCAAGCAGGGCGCCAAAACCAAGACCUGCAGCUCCGCCAGCGGCAUGCCGGAGCUGGGCGACUUCGAGAAGGUCAUCAUCCCCAAACAGCCGAGGGUCAGCAAAAAGACCGCGGAUGGAGCAGCAGCAGAGCAACUGAAGGCAAAAGGCCAGAAGCUGAAGUGUAAUUUCUGCGACAAGGUCUUCUCCAAAAACUUCGAUCUCCAGCAGCACAUCCGCAGCCACACCGGAGAGAAGCCCUUCCAGUGUAUCGUCUGCGGCCGAGCCUUCGCCCAAAAGUCCAACGUGAAGAAGCACAUGCAGACUCACAAGGUCCGGUCGCUGAACCCCCCCCUUUGUCCUCAGAACGUGGCGAGUUCACUGACCCCCAGCGCUCACGGCAGAAACUCUGUGUCCCCCGUUAAGGUUUGGCCCAUGAACGUGGCCAGCACGGUGUCCCGGCUGCCAAUCACAGUCAAGGUGGUGCCUCUGGCGUCCAGCCAGGAGGAGGAAGAGGAGGAAGAGGAGGAGGAAGAGGGGGGCGGGAAGCAGCAGGAGGGGCCGCCGGCCCGAUCCGAGCAGGACUCCCCCCCAGCAGCCCACCGGGCGGUGGGCCGAGGAGAGGAGGCGGGGGGCGGACCCCCCCGGGCCCGGAUGCAGGCGCAGGCCCCGGCCAACCAGAAGCAGGCGUGCGGGGCCGAGGGCCGACAGAUGGUGGUGAUAGACAGCUCCUACCAGUGCCAGUUCUGCGCCAGCAAGUUCAAGACCUACUUCCAGCUCAAGUCCCACCUCACGCAGCACAAAGGGGAGCAGGUCUAUAAGUGCGUGCUGAAGUCCUGCUCGCAGACCUUCCAGAAGCUGGACCAGUUCCUGGAGCACAUCCGGACGCACCAGGAGCAGCUGACCUACCGCUGCCACCUGUGCAGCAAGGUGUUCCCCUCCCUGUUCGAGCUGGGAGUCCACCAGUACUCCCACUGCUUCUGCCCGCAGCAGAACACACGCAAGGAGACCACCGUCUACAGGUGCGUGAAAUGUCAGAGCAGAUAUUCGACUCAGGAGGCCCUGGAGCAGCAUCUUCUGACGGCUUCACACAGCUUUCCCUGCCCUCACUGCCAAAAGGUUUUCCCGUGCGAGAGAUAUUUCCGCCGCCACCUCCCCACCCACGGCGUGGGCGGCAGGUUCAAGUGUCAGAUCUGCAAGAAGGCCUUCAAGACGGAGCACUACCUCAAGCUGCACAUGCGCAUCCACUCAGGCGAAAAGCCGUACAAGUGUUCCCUCUGCGAGGCCACGUUCAACCGGAAGGACAAACCCUACAAGUGUCUGUUUUGCCAGAAGACGUUCAGCCGCAGGGCCCACAUGCUGGAGCACCAGCAGUCCCACACCGACAACUACCGCUUCCGGUGCUCCGCCUGCAACAAGGGCUUCACCCGCCAGAGCUACUACCGGGACCACAAGUGCCCCGCGGCCGGGGGGGGGGCGGGGGCCGAGGGGGACGAGGAAGAGCAGGAGGAGGAGGAGGAGGAGGAGGAGGAGCACACGGCCGAGGAGAAGGAUGGAGACCGGCUGAAAAGGCCGGGGAACGCAGAGGAGGAGGAGGAGGAGGAGGAAGAAGAGGACAGCCGACAGGGGGAGGCGCCAAGUGGGGAGGAAGAGGACGAGAGGGGGGCCGACGGGGGGGGUCAGGCCGCCAUCAGCGCUGCCGAAGGGCGGGGGGGCGGGGAGGGGGGGGAGGAGGCUCACGGAGGGGGGGAGGCGGGGAUUCAGAAGAACCAGCAGAACGGUUUGCAGCGGCCAUGUUUAUAG